UGAUGUGUAGUUUCUUUUUCCAGUCCGUUGUGAUUUCGUUUAUUCCCAUUACAUUGUUGUUGACGUCAUCUAUAAUUCGUUUCCGAAGGUCAAAGAUGAUUGAGCCGACGCCUAUGAAAAUCUUCGAUUUAGAAAAAAGAACUUCCGGUGGUAUUCAGUUGUAAUAUGGAAUAUGCUUCGAUAUUCAUUGACGUCAGCGAUAUGUUGUGCUCUCCAGAUUCUGAUUUAUUCUACUAUAAAAGGGUAAUCCGAAGACUUCAACAAUCAGUUCAUAUUGUUCAAGUACCCAAGCACAUUCCAAGAUGAAAUACUUCUUCGUCGUAUUCCUGGCUCUGGCCGCCACAGUUAUCGCUCAAAACGAGAUCAACCAGUACACCACCAAAUUCGAUAGCAUCGAUGUGGACGAAAUUCUCAAGUCGGACCGAUUGUUCAACAACUACUACAAGUGUCUGCUGGAUCUGGGACGGUGCACUCCGGAAGGCGUGGAACUGAAACGGGUGUUGCCCGAAGCCCUGGAGACGUCCUGUGCCAAGUGCAGCGAAAAGCAACGAGAAACCAGUGACCGGGCCAUCAAGUACCUGACCGAGAAUCGCCCGGAGGAGUGGAAGGUCCUGAAGGCUCGCUACGAUCCGGAUAACAAGUAUUCGAAGAAGAAUGAAAACGAUGCGUAGUAGGAUGGCGUGGAGUUGUGGGAUAGAAAGGGCAUUGAAGUGAUUUAAAAUUACGUUUUUUUGAGAUAUUCGUGCAUCAUGAAUAGUAA